AAAGUUGUGGUCGAAGUUAAAAAGGCAAAGGCUUUCAGGCUGAAAGUGAUUGAAAAUAAAAGGAGGUAUCACAGACUAAAAACGCGACGCAGCAGGUAGUCAGCAUACAGAGACGGCUCAUACACAUAACACCAAUCAACAAUACAAUAAGUGACAAAUCAUUCAAAUGGAACACGUCGCACCAGAACUUUCUGCUCAAGCGCAUGAUCAAAACGUCGCCGCCACAGAACGCCGUGGAAGAAGUCAAGGCUCCAAACUUCCCGGAUUCAGUGUCUUCUGGCGAUAUCAAAUUGAUAAAGAAAGAGGGUGAUGCAGUCGCGAUGGACGAAGUGGUGCUGGAGAUAGAAACCGACAAGACGGCUCUGCCUGUGAUGUCGCCCGGCAACGGGACCAUCGUCAAAAUGCUGGUCAAAGAUGGAGAGUCCGUCAAGUCGCAACAGCCGCUGUUCUCGGUGGACGUAACAGGAGUAGCUCCAGCGAAGGCGGCUCCGGCCCCAGCGGCAGCAGCGCCCACGCCGGCGGCUGCUGCCCCCGCGGCUGCCAAGCCUGCCGCAGCGCCGGCCGCCAGACCCGCCGCCGCCCCUGCUGCCAAGCCCGCUGCUAAACCUGCGGCCGCUAAGAAAGCCCCGGCUGGACCUACGGCGGCAGCUCUAAGGAUAGGUGACCCCACGAAGACAAUAUCGGGGACGCGCACGGAGCACCCAGUGCCCAUGAACAAGAUGCGCAGACGCAUCGCCGAGAGGCUGAAGGAAGCGCAGAGUACUACUGCUAUGCUGACGACUUUCAACGAGUGCGACAUGAGCAAACUGAUGGCGUUCCGCAAAGCGAACCUCGAAGCGUUCACCAAGAAGUACGGAGUGAAACUGUCCUUCAUGUCGCCGUUCCUGAAGGCGUCGGCCAACGCGCUGAUGGACCAGCCCGUCGUCAACGGCGUCAUUAUCGGCGAAGACAUCAUUUACAGGGACUACGUGGACAUAUCAGUGGCGGUAGCAACUCCUCGAGGCCUGGUGGUGCCCAUACUGCGCAACGUGGAGUCCAUGGACUACCCUCGGAUUGAGCUCGCUCUGAACGCGCUUGCUGCUAAAGCAAGAGACGGUAACUUUACCAUGACUUGGGCUAUACGGUUCCUAGGGUAA